UCUCACUACCACCAAAAAAAACCUUGACCACUGCACAUAAUUGCACAUUAAUUGUCUACAAAUUUUACUCAUCAUUGAGCCUUCAAGUGGAUAAGACACGUUUUUAAAUUGUGAGCAAGAAUUAUUUUUAUUUAAAAAUUUUGAAAAAUGACCCAUUUGGAGUGGUUCAAGUUUCUUUUACUGCUCACCUUUGCAGUUUGGAUGCAUCAAUGCACAGCAUUUAGUGGAAUUGAUUCUAAAGCAACUGUUUUAAAAGAUUGCUGUUUAUUUGGGAGAAAUCGGUCAAAAAAGUCGUGUGAUGGAUCUUCAUUUGAUUUUCAUUCAAUUCCCAACGAUUUUAGAGUUGAAUGUAAAAGUAAAAUAAAAUAUUGUUGUCGAAAAAAGCGAGAAAUUGAAGAUUGUAAUGAAGGAGUUUUAGCUGCACAAAAUGGAUCUACAUGUCCUAGCAUAUCAAACAAGUAUACGAUCUGCCACAAAGCAUGCUUGCUUGGUGUAAGAAUGGCUGAGAAGGGUGAUGACUGCAACAAACCAACAAAAGGUGAAGAAUUAUUAGAAAUCAAUGCGAGAAGAACGUGCUGUAUAGCCAAGAGAGAAGAACUUUUACUAUCUGAUGAUGACGAAACUAAUGAGGCAAUUGGUGAAGAAGAUGAAUAUGGUGAUGAUGAAAAUGAUACGUUUUUUGAUGCAACUAGUCCUGGUCCAGAAGAAACUCCUCCUUCAGAGCAAACAACUAAUUCGGAACCGGCAAAAACGACACAACAAACAACAUCAACAACUGAAUUCACGACCACAAAUAAGGAAAUAGAUUAUGAUGAAGCUACUGCUAGUUAUUCCACUACGACUAUAUAUCCAAUAACAACAAAUUCACUUCAAGAGACUGCAGCUAAGUUUGGUAGCUUUUGGAUAUCAAGAACUACUCCUGUUCAGACAAACAGCUUAGAAACUAAUGAAAUUGACACUCAAACAACUACUCGUAGAUUUCCUCCAAAGUAUAGACAUCCUACUAUUACAAACAAAGAUUCUUCAUCGUCAAGUGAAGAAAAAGCUAUAACAAGAUCGCCGUCAAGUGAAAUUAAACAAUUAUACAUCUAUGAAUAUCCAAAACUUUCAGAUAAUCACACCAAACCUUUAAUGUUCUACAAUUUUACUUUUAAAUACCCAGUCCCAUUUGAUUUAACUAAAUUCCUAGCAAGCAGACGCAAUAUCGGUAACAAUCCUGAACCAUGUGGUGAUAUUCGAUACUGUGAUCAUAGUUGUAUAGUCAUGCAAGACGUCCAAAAGUGCUCAUGCAAUAAAGGAUAUAUUCUACAAAAUGAUGGAAAAACUUGCUUGCUUGAUGGUUCAAGAAUUCCACCAGAGGAAAUCACCAAAAAACGAUGUCAAUCUGGACACUUUUUGAAUGAUUUUGGUGACUGUCAGGAUAUUGAUGAGUGUAAGAUCCAAAAUAAUGGAUGUGGAGAUAAAGCUAUUUGCAGGAACGUAAUUGGAAGUUAUGAGUGCAUUCCGACGGAUAUUUGUAAAGCUGGAUAUAGAUAUAAUGACAGUUCAAAGUCGUGUGAAGACAUCAACGAGUGUUCUGAAUAUCCAAGAGUCUGUGAAUAUGAACAAGUAUGCAACAACACAUUAGGAAGCUACAUUUGUGAAGACUCUUUCAGUGAAUUUAAAGCACGAUGUGAAGAAUUAGUUACAACUACACUUCCAACAACAACAACAACAACUCAAGAUCCUUGUCAUCGAGGAUUUCAGAGAAAUUACAAAGGAAUAUGUGUUGAUAUCGAUGAAUGCCUUUUUAAUCCAUGUGAUCAAGGUCUCAUCUGUGUCAAUCGUAAUGGUGGCUAUACUUGUGAGGUAUCUCAUUGCAAUCCUGGAUUCAAACCUGUCGGAAGAACUUGUGAAGAUAUUAAUGAAUGUGAUAGUAAUCCUUGCCCGUUAACUCACAAUUGCUUAAAUACUCAUGGUUCAUAUGCUUGUAAAAUGAAGAUGUGCACUCGUGGAUACAGACUUGAUAGAACUGGAGGAUGUGAGGAUAUCAAUGAAUGUCAUAUCUACAAAAACUUGUGUCGAAAUGCAGACUGCAUAAACACAAAUGGAUCUUUUCUUUGCAAUUGCAAUGAUGGAUAUAGAAAAGAUGAAAAUAAUUAUUGUAGAGACAUUAAUGAAUGCACAGAAAAUAUACACGAUUGCAAUCAUCGAUGUGUCAAUACUUUUGGUGGAUAUCAAUGUUAUUGUGAAAAAGGAUAUAGAUUAAAUUCAGAUAAAAAGACUUGCGAUGAUAUUGAUGAAUGCAGAGAGAAUGGAUACCUUUUAUGUCAAGGAGAAUGUGUAAACACUUUAGGAAGUUACGAAUGCAGAUGUCCUUCAGGAUUUAGAAAGGAAGAAUCUUACUGUAUAGACAUUGAUGAAUGUCAAGAAUAUCCAGGCGCUUGUGACAAAAAAAUAAGUCAAUGUCUAAAUAUACCUGGAUCAUAUAAAUGCAUGGACAUCAGAUGUACCGAUGGUUAUAAACUUGUUCGACGAAAUGGUGAAAGAUUCUGUCAUCUUAGAACGCCAUGUGGUGAUGACGAUUAUGAAGACGAUUGCAAUAAACCGUGGAUGUAUUCUUACUCUUUUGCAUCACGGAUUGCUAAUUGCUCUGCAAGUAAAAUAUUUCAUGUAGGUAUUGCAAAUAAAUUUAGAUAUGAUGUAGUUAUUGAGGAUGUUCGAGCAUACAGUCCGAAAGAUACAGUAAAGAAAGCAGGAUUCGAUAGCUUUAUAAUUCAAACAAAUUCUUCGGGAUUCUUUUUGGCAUCAAUUCAACCAAUCGAUGGACCACAAGAUAUCGAUAUUGAUGUCUUAGUGACAUAUCAUAGACCAGAUGGAAGUGUGGAACACAAGCGAGGUGUUAAAGUUAAAUUGGUUGUAUCUGAGUUCUCUUUUUAUAAAUUUAGUGUCAGAAAAUAAAAAAAAAAGAAGAUUAAAUCAUUUUAAUAAUUAGUUUUAAGCAAGGCGUGGACACGAUCCAAAAUAUCAUAUUUAUCCCACAUAUCCCAAAAAUAUUCAAGAAAUUCCUGAGCAUGUAUGUACGAUAAUAAAGAUAUCCCAACGUAUCCUUAGUAUUUUGUACGUGCAAUUUUAGGAUAUGAUGAGAUAUCUCAAUUCUAAUGCAUACAGACUCAGGGAUUAUUUUGAAUAUUUUUGGGAUAUAUGGGAUAAAUAUGAUAUUUGGGAUAGUUUCCACGCCUUGGUUUUAAGUUCAGAUUCAGUUUUUUGUCAAUAAAUCAGAAAACGAGGAUAAAAGGUUUUUGAAGGUUUUUUUUUUCUUCCAAAAAUAAAUCCUACUUGAUCAAAAUUUCC